AGCAGAAGAAGAAGAAGAAGAAGAAGACAGCGACAACGACAACAAGCGUCAACUCGGACCAUCUCUGGACCAUGAUAGACAACAGUCUAGCUAUGUGCUAGAAGGGUUAGCUAGAAGAAUGAAGGGAACCUAAAUAGUUUCGUGCGUUGUUGCUGGCUAGUUGACAAAAGUGUAACAAAAGAAAUGGCGGUCGCAGCUGUUUGUGUAUAGAAAGUGCUUUGGUUUUUUAAACUAUUUUUACUGCGUGCCGAGAUAGCUAAAGAACCCCCGGAUGAAGGAGCGUUCACAGGAUGGCAGGAGUGUUCGACAUAGACUUGGAGACUGAGGACAUCAGUGAUACAGAGGAUGAUGUCUGUGACUUCACUGUGACAGAACCAGAGAUUGUGCAAAAAGAGGAGGUGGAGUUGACCAGUGAAAGUGUCAACAGAGACAGUGAGAGAGUUGGACCUGACUGUUUUGAGCUUCUUACUGUGCUGGGAAAAGGAGCCUAUGGGAAGGUUUUCCAGGUGAGGAAGGUUCAAGGUGCUCAGAUGGGGAGCAUAUUUGCCAUGAAGGUCCUGAAAAAGGCGAAGAUAGUGUGUAAUGCUAAAGACACGGCCCAUACACGAGCAGAGCGGGAGAUCCUAGAGACGGUGAGACACCCAUUCAUCGUCGAUCUGCUCUACGCCUUCCAGACUGGGGGGAAACUCUACCUCAUACUGGAGUGUCUGAGUGGAGGGGAGCUGUUCAUGCAGCUGGAGAAGGAAGGCAUCUUCAUGGAGGACACUGCUUGUUUCUAUCUAGGAGAAAUCACUUUGGCUCUAGGUCACCUCCACUCCAACGGGAUUAUUUACCGGGACCUCAAACCUGAAAACAUCAUGCUUAAUCACCAAGGACACAUCAAGCUAACUGACUUUGGCCUCUGUAAGGAAUCGAUUCAUGAUGGAUCUGUUACACACACCUUCUGUGGCACCAUAGAGUACAUGGCUCCAGAGAUCCUGACCAGGUCGGGUCACAACAGAGCAGUAGACUGGUGGAGCCUCGGGGCCCUGAUGUACGAUAUGAUGACCGGAUCACCUCCAUUCACAGCUGGAAACAGGAAGAAGACCAUCGAUAAGAUCUUGAAGUGUAAACUCAAUCUGCCCCCAUACCUGACCAUCGAUGCCAGGGACCUUAUCAAGAAGCUGCUGAAGAAGAAUCCAGCCCAAAGACUUGGCUCCAGUACGACGGAUUGUGCUGAAAUCCAGAAACAUCCGUUCUUCAAGCAUAUCAACUGGACUGACCUGCUCAACAAGGCAGUGGAGCCGCCAUACAAGCCACGACUGCAGUCGGACGAGGAUGUAAGCCAGUUUGACACCAGAUUUACCAGACAGACACCAGUGGACAGUCCAGACGAUACCACACUCAGCCACAGUGCAGAGCUUGCCUUUGCUGGUUUCACCUACGUGGCUCCGUCGGUCCUUGAGAGUCUAAAAGAAGGUUUCUCAUUUGAACCCAGAACACGAGCUGUACGCCGACACAACAGCAGCCCACGCACACCCAUCAGUCCUAUGAAAUUCUCCCAAGCCGGACCAUUCAAGUCCAGCAUUGAGGGAGAACCAGACCUUUUCUCUCCCAUCUCUCCACCGGCAGCUACAGUUCCUGUGACGCUGGAAAACGGUGGUACCAGUCAGCCGAUAAAGACGCCUGCAAGGAACAAGAAGCAGAAGGGACAUCAGAGAUGAGAAGGAAAUCUUAAAAGAGACGGCCUACGCUACAAGACCUUGGUCAGAACAUUUUUCAUAGUUUAUAGUAAGUGUGAGGCACAGAGCUGAAGUGUUUUUGCUGGUUUUAAUGCUUUUUUUGAAGUGGUUUAAACUAAUGAGGUCCUUGAAAAGCCAUAAAUCAAAAGUGGAAAGCUCUC